AAUCCAAAGUUGAAACAGAUUAAGUUUGAAAGAGCAAAACUUGCUCGUUCUGCUCAGAUCAAAGCCAACACUACUAAAAACAAGACUAGUAUUACUAAUACAAGCACAAGCACCAACACCAAUGCCAGAAAAGCUAUUGCAAUAAUUAAUAUUAUCAAUUUUGACCCUAGUUUAAGCGAAUAUAAAAGCGAUAGUUUAAGCCUGACCAAUUCUGACAAUGAUUAUGACUUCCAGAAAGAUAAUUACUUUCAAGAAGACGAUAGAGAUAGGGCAAACUUGUAUAUGAUUAAUAAUAAAGGAAUUAGUAAGAGAGGAUUUAGAAAUAUAGCUUCUUCAAUAUAG